GUCCAAAUUUUUCUCCCCUUCUUGAAUCUGGCGGGGUCGUUUGCCGUCGAUAAUUCAGACUCGACGCGGCAAGGCAGCGUCUAUGGACGAUCAAGCUAAAGCUCUGGCGGAUCUUACCGCGGCCAUCGCCGGGCUGACGGCCAAGAUCGAGAGCCUCCACCCCGUCGUGCUCGAUCUGCAGAGUUGGAAGCCCUCCAUCAAGCAGUCCGUGGAGGAUCUGCGCCAGGAGGUGGGUACCCUCCGCACCCAGAUCGGCGACAAGGCCCCGCCCACGAGCAAGGAGACGGCGCCGCAGCAUGUUCGGCUCACCGACCUGCCUCCCCUACUUCCUGACGCGCUGGAGGUGCCCCGGCCACCUCCGCUCGGGUUGCUUCACGCUGGUGAUGACCACGGUCACGGGCCUGAUGGCCACGGCAUCGUCACUGAUCUACGGGGGGAAUCGUCUGGGGAGAUCCAAACCCCACGAUUGCCUCCGGCCACUGGUACAUCUGAUUCCUUCCACUAUGGCGAGCACUCGUUUUCGGGGGAUCAUGGGUACCAGCGCUUGCCACCGCCGCCACGUUUCGAUUUUCCCCUGUUCGAUGGCAUAAAUCCGAAGGCCUGGCGUCUCAAGUGUGAGGCGUACUUUCGGGUUUGCACCUUGAGCCCAGACACCUGGGUCAGCUGCGCGGCUAUGUACUUUACUGAUGGGGCUCUCACCUGGCUCCAAUCCUCCCAAGCACACUUGCACUAUCAAGAUAGGGGGGGUUUUGCUGCCGCGAUUUACACUCAGUUUGGCCGUGAGGAAUUUCAGAAUCUCUUGUGCCAAUUUAACAGACUUAAGCAAACAGGUACCAUUGUUGAAUAUGUUGAACAGUUCACCCAAAUUAUGCAUCAUCUGCUAGCACAUCACACUUCUUGGGACCCUGCUUUCUUUGUAACUCAAUUCAUGGAAGGCUUGCAGCAUGAAAUUCGUUCCGUUGUAGUUUUACAUCACCCACAAACAUUAGAUACUGCUGUGGAUCUUGCAUGUUUGCAGGAGGAGGUGAUGGAGGCGUUCCGCAGAGAGCACAGACGGCCUACUGUUCUGUCUGUCUCGUCAGGAAAUGCUUGUGCUCUGGCACGCACGACGUUACCUCUGCCUUUGCCUCCGGGCAAGCAGGGAAGCGGCACUCCAGUGCGUGCCAUGACGAUCGUUGCGCCUCCAACAUCAAUCGAUCGUCGGCCUGCAAGGACAAGUUGGCAGCUCUUCGGGCGUACCGCCGCGCCAAGGGCCUCUGCUUUACCUGCGGAGAGCGAUGGAGUCGAGAGCACCGGUGCGCUCCCACUGUCCAGCUCCAUGUGGUAG